CGCAGACGCAAGGCUUUCCGUCGUUGACUUCUUUUCCGUUUUCCUCCCACAAAAUAGAUGCUUAAAAGUUUCAAGUUUCGAGAGCAAUAUUCGAGUUUUAGUCUUUUCGCUUUGAGGGUAUUGAAUUCACAAAAUUGUGAAGUAGACUUAGUGAGUUCUCUUAGAAUAUUUGAUAACAACUGUAUUGCUAGACUUCGAAGAUGAGGAACCAAGAUGGCUUCUCCGGUCUGUUUUUUGCUCCUCUGCCAAACCUCGAGGAACUGAUCGCUGUUGAGGCUGUCAUACGAGCGGAAAAAGACGAUGAAAUAAGCGCUAUUCAGCCAAAAUGUUGCAGGUAUUUCUUUAAACUGGUCUUGACUGUUGAUGUUUAAACCGAAAUCUGGAUAAAUUCGAAAGAAAUUCUGGAACCGAUGGUGACGUUUAUUUUAAUAAUAAGACUUUAAGUCUUAUUUUUUGCAGGGAGAUUAUCUUCACGGAGCCCAAAGUUCUGUUGUCUCCACUGUCAGAUGACAGGAACAAGCUGUUUCUCAUAACACAGGUGCAACUAAAAGUCAAAUAUGCUGAAAUUUGCCAACGUUGUAAAUAUAACUAAUACGCCUACUAUGAUGUUGAGCUGUGUUAAGGUAGUGGACUUACCAAAUGAAGAAAUAUCAGAGAACCUCUUUUCAUGGGCUUACUUUAGCUUAAGCUUAUUAUUGAACCUUACUUUUCUAUUUCUCUUAGGAGAUGAUUUUUCAUUCCUCCGAAUUUCAAGAGCUGUUACAAAGGCUAAAAAUAAAGGUAAGCUUAAGCUUUAAACUGAAUUCGAAGUGGAUUUUGAAAUAAGCUUACCUCACUCUUAUUUUUCCUUCCAAGUUGUCCAUGUUCUCAAUAAGCUUAAGUAGGUUUAGUAUAUGAAGUACGACCCUUUGAAUAGUUUUGAAUGAAAUGAGGACUGACUAGAUGUUCAACACUGAAAUACACGCGUAUACAUUUGGUAGUUGCGUGUAGAACUACCACAAUCUGUAGAAUGUGAGGUACUGCUCUCAACUAGUAAUCAGAUUCGUUUACAGCUUGAUUAUAUCAUUACACAAGACCCAGGCUCAGAUGUAAAAUUUCCUAUUGUUCAUCUUUUUUUUUUUUUUUACCAGGAAACAGAGCGAGUAGAUCUGACUAAAGGCUUGUUUCAGUUUUGCUUUUCGUUCACAAUGAAACAGAAGCUCGCACCACUGUGGAACAAGGCUGGAGAGUUCCUUGUACAAGGUAAUUGAUGGACAUUUAAUAUCUUUAUUAACCCAGAAAAAGGAACGCCAAAAAUUAACGGAAGUUAUCCUCCGAUCUAUGCUGAUUUAACCCUUUAAACCGUAAGAUCAAAAUUUGAAUUCUCACUUGUUGCCCCUAUUCAUUUCCUACAGAAGUAGUGGGGAGAAGUUGAUAAAAUAUCAAGCAAAUUCAUCUUGUGUGAUCAUGUCCGUAAUUCUCAUGACCACUCUGUUUUACAAAGUAUUGAUAUUACAAGGAGAAAUUUGAUGCUGAUCCCUCUUAGGUCUUGAAGGGUUAAACUCUUAAGACGAAACGUUAGGAUAAACUUCAAUUGAACAACUAAAAUGCGCUCUUCCUUCGCAUUGCUGAGUCUGUUGGGAAUAUUAUUAUUGGCAGACUCUUAAGUUUUGUCCAGUGUUUCAUAUUUCCUUGUAGGUCGUGACUUCAUGCUGGAAAAAACGAAACUGAAUGCAGUUUGUAAGUAUAAACCUCAUAGUUAGGGCGAAAUCAUUAAGUUUUCUCGCCUGCUCUCUAAAAAUAGACACCCUGGAAAACUUCCUUGUACUUUUCUCACCACAAAAGUUAGUACUCUUAUUUUCAUUGAAGGAGGUAAAACUCUCUCCCGAUUGCUAAAUGAUAAAAUUCUUAACAUUUGAUAACUUGUUUUCGUCACUAAGACAUUCUCGCUAAAACCUGUAGUAGAAAGACGAUGGCUAUCACAUUUUACCACCAAAAUGACGUUGGUUCGCGCCGAAUCGCGCGCGCACACUACUUAGUAAAGGAAAGUUCACUUAGUAUGACAAGGGGGGGGGGGGAUGAAGAUAUUGAAACUCAAAGCUUGAAAUUUUAGCAGCCCCCCUCGCUAGCGGUUCAAUUUUUAGGAGCCCCUCCUUGGUAGUCGAAAAAACUUCAGAGCCCGCCCCCUCCUCCUUCAAUUCCUUUGCUCCCCUGAAAAAAGAUCGCUAGACUGUAUUAAAUAUAUUUACCGUUAUUGUCUAAAGCAUUUUUGGGAUGAACAAGAGUGUAAUAAUUGCUGAGACUACAUUUGUUAUAUCUGUAAACCACGUGAUAUAGCUGAGUUGCACAGGUCAUUAAAUUGUUGAGUUGAAAACCAUUCGAUCUGUAUGAUGAUGUCAUGUGUUGGUUUUCAAGUAUACAAAUUUUCGGAGCCCCCCCUCCUAGCGCAACAUUUUUUUCAGAGCCCCCCCCUUCGGGUGUCUAAAAUUUUCGGAGCCCCCCUCAAUAUCUUCAUCCCCCCCCCUUUGUCAUAUUAAAUGAACUUUCCCUAAUGAGAAAAUCUCGUUCUCGUAGUCGUCCUGGUCUUAGAAUCUAAAGCUCUCUAUUAUUCCUUGUCUAGCUAAGAAAUCAGCCUUGUGGAACAGUUUCUGCCUGUUUUUCAGUGAACAUGUGAGAACAUAAUAGUCCGUUCCCUUCCCUUUCUGAUGCCCACUACAGAGUCUAAUUUCUUGUCUGCGUUUUUAUGCAGCCUUGGAAGUAACAAUUAGUGACGACAAGAUCAGUAUUGGAUUACUGGCUUAUUCUUUGAAGUCAAGCCCCUGCGUGGUAAUAUACUUUGGUAUUCUGCAUGGUAAAAAUGAUUCAGUGUAGGUGCUGUUUUCAAAUUGAGACGAGCUGACUAAGGCAAAAUUUAAUAGUGGCUGGCCUAAGGGAAGUGUAUCCCAGAUUUAUUGUUUCGAACUAUUUGUGUCAUGAAAACUGGCAAAGGAAAGUGAGAGUUUUCGGGUAUGACAGUAUUGUCUUCGGUGGAAAAACUUUCGAAAGCAUUUAAUUGUGGUUUGCUCAAGCCUAAGAAAUUUUUUCCAGGGACAUUUUGAACUUUAGAAUAAUGGGCAUCCAUAAAUCUAGCUAGGUUUACGUGAAAGCUUUAGAAAUAGGGUUGGGGAUUAACUGCAGUGUUCAUAAUUUUCUGUAAUUUACUUCAUAAAACAGUGCAUCCUUUACGGAAUUUUCUUGCAGUUCUCCCUCCCCCCCACCCUAUACAAAGUUGAAACUCGGAAAAUUUCUGUAUACACGCGUCCAAUGUUUUUUGUGGGGUGAGGGGAGGGGUAGGGUUGGGCAUGUGUGAAUUGGAAAACACCCCAGAAAUGCAAGUGUCCCAAGACUUUUGACCAUGAUUUUAACUACGUUGGCCUGGCGAAGAGAGUCUAUUAAGACAAUAAGAGGAAAUUUACUGAGGAUAAAUAAUUUGUGAAUACGGUAAACUGCCUGUUUGUACUUCUUCAGCCAGAACAUUUCACUGCUUCGACAAGAGCAUUAGAGGAAUUUAACACUAACGAGAAAGCAGUGAUUACUGAGGCAGCUAUUUCCGAUGAUUUGUGUUUUGUGUUGCCGAGGUAAGGAGCGCGCCAAUAAAUUUAGAAACUCAUUUAAUUAAAAUUGUUUUAAAAUAUAGCCAUGUAAGUCACCACGGUAAAAGAAAACAAAUGACCAUAAAUAACUGAGUCUUGACUUUCUGGAGGUGGUUUGACAGGUCUUACAACAACAAAAAAAUGACAAACUAUUAUUAUAGAUAUUCAAACGAAAAGUUGGCUGUUUUCUCGGAAACAGGGUUUUAAUAUAUUACAUCUUAUUAUUACAUGCAUUAUCACUAGUUUUUCGACCAUUCAUCAAGUCUCGAUCUGUAACGACGAAAGUUUUCAUUUUCUUCAUGUUUACGGUUAUCCAAGCAAUAAAAAUGAUGAAAUGUUACGAUCUAAACCCAGUUCCGUUUGAUUUGUAUUAAAAGGAUCUUAAAGCUCAUUUAACCAAUUUUUUUUGCUAUUUUAGCUUGAAAAAAGGGAGAAUCUUCAGCAUAACCCAUUACCUUCCCGAAGAAUGCCCGUUUGCUAGUUAUGAAGACUUACGAAAACACUGGAAACUUAUGGUAGGUGUACGUUUGAGGCUCUUAGAAUUCCCUUUUUAUGUUGAAAAAUGGUGGCUGGUGGCUUCUCACAGCUUCAUUUAUAUUCGUCGUUAUUACUUUUCUUUUUACGCAGUAUGGAUACAGACUACCGGCUGAGGAAAAUGUUUUUUACAACGUACGUUUCUAUUACAUCCGUGGGAAAAUAUUUACGUAUCCUUUAGAUGGGCCUGUUUUUCAUCGACAAUGCGCUGACUUAGUUGAAUGAGGGUCACAAAAGCAGAACUUAAGUAAUGUCUCUUGCCAUUCACAUGAAAAUACUUUCACUUAAUAACAAUGAGCGGCGACGCAAAAAUCAAAUCAAACACGAAACUUCUUUCUUAUACUGUUUCGCAAAACUUUUCUAGGCUGUUUAUGUUGAAAGUACACUUCUAUGAACAGAGGACACAACAGGUGACAUUAAGACACCACAUCCAUACCUUACAGAAGAGUCAUUAUAUUUAUAUCUAAGAUAGCCAGAUAUGACUGUAUUUUUUUCAGUCAGGGCUGUCGCUAAGAUUUCGAGCUGCUGGGUAUAUAAGUAGGAGGGAAAUUGAUCAGCUAGGAAGUUCUUUUGGGUCUAGUAGUCGGCGGUGAAAGCCGUUAUUAGCCAGGGGAAAUCCUCGGCCCUCAGUUACAGCCCUGUUGAAUACGAUACCAGUUAUGAUUAAGUUCUUUACCAAAAGCGAUCAGAUACCCAGCUAGUUGUAUCCGCAGCAGUCAAGCCGUAGUAUCGCCUCGCUGCGAUCAUCAGCUGAUUUUUACCACUUUUCUGAGAGACUUGUCUUCCCGAAUGCCUUCCAUCUGUGGUACACCCCUAGCGCUGACUUCUGCACCUCUCUACCCAACAUGUAGACUUCAACAGGCAACCUCUCCAAACCACAGUAACCUAACAAGGACAGCGCCUCAAAUGAACCACUGUAGACCUUUCACCGUUCAACAUCAUUCUGCAUGUGAACUGACGAGGCAAGCUAUCUCGGUGUCGCCGUUUUCAUCUCGAGCAGCAUCGUCCGAAAUUCAUCAAACCGCGGCCAGCGAUGGAAUUGUUAGUCGCCGGAUAAUACCCUCUUUUAAUCCAACGAGCUUGAGGGUCACUGCCCAUAUUUCCCCGGUACCUUCUUACCUCUCUUCAGAAACUCCUUUUGUUCCUCGAUUCACUAGUAAGCAUCUGGUUAACACUGAACAUAGCAGGUCAGCCAAAUGUAACUCUAAUUCUCCAUCCACGCCUGCCACUAGAAUUGUUCCCACGUUUUCGAAGAAGAGAGUGCAGUCUUGUGGAAACGAUUCAAGAAAGAAAAAUACAACGGCUACAUCUAGAGUUUGUGCCCUUGGUAAAACUGUGCAAUCAGAGGGUGCUUCAUCCUUUCCUUCGUUACAACCUCCUACUAGCAUAAUAAGACCGGUCACAGUGGAAAACGUAAGUCAUUUACAUAAACAAUCUCAGCAAAGGAGCACUCAAAACCACAGAAGCAUUUUAAUGGGACAAGGCAUUGGUCUGAGUGAGAGCCAUGGUAUUUCGUCAAACUUUAACAGGGAAUUGACCACUGAGUCAAACUUGGCGAGUUUGCCUGCUGCGGUUCACAUCAAUAAUGCUGAUGUGACAUACAGUCCAGUGCCAGUUUCAAAGUGUUUACCCCAGAAAAGACCAGGACUCGUUAUAACACAAGCUUCUUCUACCAAAGAUCAUCUCUCAGCCCCAUUUACGGGAAACGUGCCUCCGAAGCCAAGCAACAACAGGACUGUUAAUCCUUCCUUCUUAGGUGAUGUUCUUGUAAGUGAGUCGCCUUUUUCAGGACUGGUUAGAGACCAGCCAACCUCUAUUCAGUCACUACAGCAAAGGCGCAUUCUUGGCCAGUCCCAAUCUGUUCUUGAUUUAACAUUGGGACUUCAGGUAUUAAAACCAUGUUAACAAUUCCUACAAUUUUUUUUCAUUGUUAGAUUAAAUUGAAGGAGUGAUUUUAAUUAACAAAAUACUUGAAGUCAAAAAGCAGCAUUCACAUAACAAAAUCAACAGCCUAAGCCUAAGGUGGUGCCCGUCAUGCCGUCCAGACGAUACGCAUGCACCACUCGCCCCAGCCUACAAUUACGAUUUUUGUCACACCAGAAUGAAAUAUAAUGCCAUAACGAGAAUUUCCGUGUUCUCAUUGAUAACUGGAAUGACUUCACCAGUUCGGGAAUGGAAUUUCGUCUCGGUAUCCGGGAUGUAAAUCGAUGCAGAAAUAUAAAUUCAGUGAAACUUAUUCCGAUAUCAUGCGAAUAGCCCCUACACUACCGAGGAAUUAGUCAACAUAGGAAACUUACCGAACUAUGCAUAAUUGUGACCUUAGAAUAACUGUGUUUUUAAGGUGGAAGAUUUUCCUCGCGAGGAACCACCUGCUAAGAAGCCGAAGUCAAAGCCUAAAAUUCAGGACAACAUUGAUGUGAGGGAGUUAGCGUUACAAGACCAGGUACAGUACAUUUUCAAGCUUACAUAACCGCAUAACAGUAGCCAAGUUCAGCCUAGCCUUUGUUCUAUGCUUCAGUUUGCCUUUCCGUACUGUAAAGGAAGUGUUUGUCUCUGCCAUCUAGGUGUCACUCUAUCAAUAAAUUCCAGUUGACUUGCGGCAUCUCAGGCUAUUUUACACACUAAGGGGUAGGGGGAUUGUGCUGAAUGACUCUGAAGUUUCGUGAUCACAGUUAAGAAGUUUAAAAUCCAAUAAGUAAUUUCAAAAAAAUACGCAAGUUGUGAUCCGAUCCGAUUCUCACAAGGAAACGAAUGAAUAUGUGGAAAAGUACUAAAGUAUACAGAGCUUUUCGUUUUCUGCGCCAUGCAUUUUGGAAAGAGAAGAUUGAGGACAGAGUAAAAUUUUUGGAAUUAAACGUGUUAAAAUGUUGUCUAAAGAUGACAAAGGCCGAUUUGCGUAAAAUAAGUCUUAAAAUGAAGGAAAGACGUUUCAGAGAACUUAGCUCCUGAGUUCCCCAGCGAAAGCAGGGCCAUAUCCCUCACUCCACCACCCCACUCGCCCCCCCCCCCACUGGAAAUUGCGCCUCUGGCUUACCGGCCAUGAAUGCGGGGUGGUCCCUUACCGAACCCCCUCACCAUAGACAUUAUCCACGAUGAACAAUACCUUUUAUGACAACGUUUACAUCAUUUUUAGCUGAUAGCUCACGAUCAGCUUAUUCCAUUUACUUCUUAUAAUAGCUCCAAAAAGUAAACGCCGUCACUCUCGCCGAUUGGCUGAAGAAAAGAGGUGUAGCUGUGAAAUCAAAAGACAAGAAAACAGAACUGACCAGUAAAGUCAAGCUGUACUUGGCAACAAUUCCACAUGAGCCUUAA